UUCGUUGACGUUAUAUCCCGCCUUUCCUCCGGCGAGCCCGAGGCUGCGCAUGUAGCGUUCCGUCCCUUCCCAGACAGUCUCCUAUCUCUGUGCCGACCAGACCCAGAUCGCCUCACCUUCUGCAGAAAGAGGACAAUCCUCCGUUUAUAAGGAUGGGAAAUGUGGUGCCCUCUAGAUGCUGUCGGACUAAAACUCCCAUCUUCCCGGCCAUUGGCCAUGCUGCUGGGGUCUGCUGGGAGUUGGAGUCCAAUACCUGGAGGGCCGGGGUUCCAGGCUCAAGCGAUGGGAGAGGAUCUGCUGAGCUUCUCGGGAUCCAAGAUGCACAGGACCACCAGGAUAAAAAUCACAGAGCUGAACCCCCACUUGAUGUGUGCCUUAUGUGGAGGCUACUUUAUUGAUGCCACAACCAUUGUUGAAUGCUUACACUCUUUCUGUAAAACCUGCAUUGUCCGUUACCUGGAGACCAACAAAUACUGCCCGAUGUGUGAUGUUCAAGUGCAUAAAACGAGGCCACUCCUCAGUAUCCGAUCAGAUAAAACCCUACAGGACAUUGUGUACAAGCUGGUACCCGGACUUUUCAAAGAUGAAAUGAAGAGGCGACGUGAUUUCUACGCAGCAUACCCACUGGCAGAUGUUCCUAACGGAUCCAAUGAAGACCGGGGAGAGGUUUUGGAACAAGAGAGAGGAAACCUAACAGAUGAUGAAAUUGUCAGCUUAUCCAUAGAGUUCUAUGAGGGAAUCAGAGAGGAAAACAAAGGGACAGCUGAAAAUGGGAAUGUGGAGAAAGACAAGAACAGCAUGAGAUUCCUCCGUUGUCCUGCCGCCAUGACUAUCAUGCACCUGGCUAAGUUCCUCCGCAACAAGAUGGAUGUUCCCAGCAAAUACAAAGUGGAAGUUCUCUAUGAAGAUGAACCUCUGAAGGAAUAUUAUACCCUCAUGGACAUAACUUAUAUUUAUCCUUGGCGAAGGAAUGGCCCUCUCCCUUUGAAGUAUCGCGUCCAGCCGGCCUGCAAGAGGCUAAAACUCUCCUCCCAGUUGCCAAACUCGGAAUGCACCAACACCAGCGGCGCUUCAGAGUGUGAAUCUGUCAGCGACAAGGCCAACAGUCCUGCCACCUUGCCAGCCACCACCUCUUCCUCAUUGCCAAGCCCUGCCACGCCUUCCCACGGCUCCCCGAGUUCCAACACCACCACUGUGAGCAUCCCCACCAACCCUCCCUCCAGUACCAUGCUCAACGGCACUUCGAACUGCCACCAGAUGCAACCCUUGGCCAGCAGGGGGCGCAAGGCAAUGGUAAACGGUGGUCCAGCAAUGUCGGCUUUGACUUAAAAGGAAUGCCUUUUUUCCCCUUGGCCCGAUCUUGAGUUUUAUAAAUAAGUAUAUUAUGUGUAGAUAAGGCCAGUGGAGGGUGGGGUGGGGAAAUUAUACAUACUUAUUUUCUAUCAAUUGACCUGAUUUAAUUUAAGGAAAAAAGUUGCAAAAACAGACAAAAAAAUACAGUAUGUCCUCCCCUCUUUUUUUAAUUUUUAAAAAGCAAAAAUGUGCUCAUGUAACUGCAUGAUGGCCUCUGUGUGAAAGCUGCAGCCCUUUCCUGUUAAUAAUGAUGGUUUUUUACGUGUGCCCUCUUUUUGUAGUCAGACUCAGUGCACUGUCCCAGAGAGAAAAACGCACAGUCCCGAAUCAGACAGGCUUUCUUCUUAGAAGCACACAUAGUUUUCUCACGCUGUCUUCAUCUUUUGACUGAAGCCCCUCCCCUUAUGCCAGCCUUAACCAAUCCGGUGCCCUCCAGGUGGUGUUGGACUCCUAUCAGGCCCAACCAGGAAGGCCAGUGGUAAGGGAUGGUGGGAGUUGUAGUCCAAGCAUCUAGAGGGCACUAGGUUGCACACUUCCCCUCUCCCACCUAUGUCGCUCUUCUGCCCCCUCAGUUCCACAUACCUGCAUCUAUCUCUCAUGGCCUUAGUUUCAGCCUCCUGUCAAGCCAAGAUGCCACUAAUAAAGCCUGAAAGGAGGUCUGGGCAUCCACGUGUGUGGCAAGGGUUGGUGACACCAUGCCCCUUCUCUUCAUGAUGUGAAGACCAAGGGCCACCAUAGGUGUGCACACUGCCAUGACAAGAUAUAGCACCUGGGAAUGGAGGGGUAGCAGAGAGAGAGGGCUGAGGGAAAGAAGCAGAGGCUCAUGAGGCUCAGGGGUUCACGGUCUGAAUGUGGUCCGCGGGCCACUGGUUGAGGGACAGAGUCUUCUCAUGCAAUGUGUAUUCUCCCAAACACAGUGGCCACGCGUCUCACACUCUGAGCAGUGCAAGUAGGAAUGGGUCUGUCCUGCUAAGAUGUCUUGCUGCUUCAACAGCAAUACUGGCUGCUGCUUCCAUCUGUGUAUCAGACUCUCAAUAUGGGCUGAAAUGUUCCUGGGGCAGUGAGUUACCGGCAUUCCCCUCUUCUGUCUAUUUCUAUGUCCACAAAAGGGCAAUGUCUGUGAUGGACAGCUGCUCCUGGCAUAACGUCACCGAACCUAUACAGGUGCAGCAGCACAGUUAAUGCUGUUAUGGUGGAUGCAGGGCCUUGUGCUUAGCUUGGCUUCCCCCAGCCUGGUGUGUCCUCCGUCACCUCCAGCCCGCACAAAUUCUGUCCCUUUGUGCCAGAUGUCUCUGCCUGUCUCUCAGGAACCAUCUUCACUUCUGUUUUCAGCUGUCCUACUUCCUGCCUAUAAACCAAUGAAUUGUAGGAAUGCUGAGAGUUCUUCUUAGCGGUAUCUAUUGGCCAUUUACUUGCCUAAAGAUUCCAGGGCUUAGUCAUAAAAGUAGAAGUGAAAUCCUCCAUAUUCAGAGGCAGGAUCCCCCUACCAGGUGCUGGAGACAAAUGAGCAGAGAAGGGCAAUCCUUCACAUCCCCCAUGUGAACCCCCCCAGGAACAUUUAGCUGGCCAUUGUCAAGAGCAGGGCUAGGGGACAACAUACAGUGACAUAGUAAUAGACUCCAACUCCCAUCAGCCCCAGCCAGCAUGGUCAGUGGUCAGGGAUGAUGGGACAUCUGGAGGACCACAGGCUCACCACCGCUCGUAAAGAGACAGACUGUUAGGUGAGGUGGACCUUUUGGUCUUCUCCAGAAAAGCAGCAUACACACUUCUAUGGUUCAUUGGCUGGGAUCUAUGAUAACUGAAAAUGGUUUAAAUUUGUAGUGCAGAUCUGCCCCACGCCUGUGCUUCUGAGAGUAAUUGUAAUAUAUAAAUCAGGAGCCUAUAAAUCUUGGCCAUGGUUAUUUCUACCUAUCUUGAAGGUUGGGAACAUAAACACCUCGAGUUCAUGGAAUCGUUGCAGCCAAAAUCCACGUGUGUCCAGCUGUUUGUCCAGCUGCUUGGGAAAGGCCAGAAUCCUUGGGAGCCUGUUCUGCAUCUUUUUAUACAUAUAUAUAUAAACCUCCCUUUUCUUAUUUACCUCUCUUGUAAAAUGAGUUUCAAAGAAAUAAAUGCAGUGCCUUUGAAAAGGAAACGUAUUGAUUGAUUGAUCCGCUGAGGUGACAGACAAGGGUUUAUGGUUUUAAGUGGGGGGAGGGGGAAGAGGGUGUCUUUUCAUUUGCUAACUUGUGUUUUCAAGACCGCCAGGUGGAAAUGCACAAUUUCCAGUGGAAAGAGUUUCAUUCUUCCAUUGGCUUGAAUCCUCUCACCUUUUUCUUAACCGAGGAAAAUCAGUCCAGAGUGCAGCCUUCGCCAACCUGGUGCCCUCCAGAUGUUUUGAAGUACAAUUUCCAUCAGCUGUGCUGGCUAGGGCUGAUGAAAGUUGAAGUUGAAAACGUCUGGAGGGUACCAGGUUGACAAGAACUGCUAGAGUGAUUUUCCCCCUCUCUCUUUUUCUCUCUUUUUUUGGUAGGAUAGAAAGGGCUAACUUGACACAAGCACAUUUUGUAUCCCUGAAUGUCAGUCCCCAAUCUUUUUAGCUGGCUGGCUCUCAAGAGCAGCUAACUCCACAAAGGCAAUCCAUGCUUGCAGUUCUCAUAGGUGGAUCUGCUGUGCCAGAUGCGCAUGGAGGCUGGGAAGGGAAUGCAUGUUUAGCAACCUGGCAACGCAUCUGGACUCCCAAGCCUUACCCCUUGUGACCCAAACUUGUAAACUAGGGGUUCCAAUUGUGUCUCUCCACUGAUAGGAAGGCUCUUUGAUCCAGCAUGUGCAAAGAGAGAAAAUAAUGUUUUUUGGUUUUUUUGCAAAUUCACCCUUUCAUUAUCUCUGCCCCCUACAUUACCUCUCAUGCUGUUCUAAGGGGUCUCCCAUCUUUCUUGAGCAGAUUUUUUGGGGGGGCAGGGGGCUUCGGAGGGAAGGAGGACUUCUAUUUCCGUUCACACUGGGUGGUAGAGCCUUCCGUCAGAGGGAGGGACACAGCUGGAUACAACCUGAGGUCAUCUGCUAGCACAACAGGAUGUGCAAGCCUGUUCUUGCUAUCCUGCUCCUCUGCAUCAGGACUGUUGUGCACCAGAUGGAGUUUAUAGGAAUAGGAAGCUGUUCUAGGGGUAUGUCGGACUUUACACUAGAUGACAUUUGAAUAAUAAUUUCCCACCUACCAUUUACAUACAGUAUUGCAUUUAGAGUGAGGAGCAAGAACCAUAGCAUUGGGAAUGAUCUCAAAAACCCUCUCUUCCAGCCCCCUUUCCAGCAAGCAAAGGCCCAGCUGUCCCAGCACUCUGGCUGAGAUUCAAAGAGCAGCUUGGGCUUGUGCUAGCCCAGUGGAAUAUUUUACUUUUCUUUCUCUAAACAGCUGGCACCUCUUAUUUCCUUCUUCCUGUGUCAUGUCACAAAUCACUUUGUCAGUUCCCCUCGGUUUCAAAAGCAACUUACCAACCAGUGAGGAAGGCUGCUGUUGGAAGGGGAAAAAAACCCUAGUGCAUGGUUCUUGGGUUAGCUGUACCUUGUUGCCCACAGUGUCUGGCAGCAAGAUAGAUGAUGCCUCUGGAGGUUCCACGUUUGCUAUCAAUGAAGGCAUAUCCACUUCUUCUGCACCCAAAGCAUGUCCAACCUUUCCUUCAAACCUCUAACUUUCCAAAGGUACCUUGUUCUACUGCAGAACUCCUCUUAGGAAGGCUCUUUUUUCAUAACCCACUCCAUUUUCCUCUCCAAGCUGCUUGUCCUGUCCACAGCAUACAGGAUGUUAGUUUUCUUGACAUUCUUUUAACUCCUCUUUUUAAAAAUAAGAACCUUGCCAUUUUAUCAUACUGUGCUUGAAGCAGGAUUUCCAGUAGUGCCGUAACAUCAAGGGUGUGAUUGUAUGUAGGUGGAAGCCUCGUAUCAACCACACACAUUCACCCAAUUUGACAUAACUGGAUGGUUGUGGAGGUUGCAGUUCCUACAUAAUAUUUGGGGAAAGUGAAUCUAGUGGGGGAAACGACAUGUCUUACUCCACCACCACCACUUCUUAGCAACUCUAGUCCUCCUUUAACAAAGGAGGGGAAAAGCCAUAGCGCUUUUGUGGAGGAUCCGCUAUGUAUACAGUUUCAGCCCCCGCUUCUCCAGGCAGUGCUGGGAGAGACCCCUCCCUGAAAGCCUGGAGAGCCAGUGCCAGGCAGUGUGGCCAGUACUGAGCCAGGUGGACCAAUGGUCAGUAUAAGGCACCUUCCUAUGUUCCUACGUGAGGAACUUCUGUUACCAUAAAACAGCCUGUUAGCCUAUUGUUGCUGGAGAUGCCAGUUUGUCUGCAUCUCUUGCCUCUAGGCUGGGAACUGGGGGUGGGAGAGGGGAGGCUUAAGUGGCACCUCUCAGAGGGCUGAGUGGGAUUUGUCUCUGUUGCCUCCAGUUAAUGACCCAGAGGAUAACUAGGGCUCUCUCACAAGGAGGCGCAGGAGGUCUGCAGGGGCAGCAGGAAGGCUUUACAGAAACACACGCUCAUUUUAUUGGCCAGUCAUUUUUCUCUUCUUUUCCUGUCGGCUGAGGCUUAGCUUUGACUUUGCUAAUAGCAUUGUGCCAUGUUUUUAAGAUUUGCUGGACUCUGAAAAUCAAAAAAGGUUUCCCAUCUACUCGUUAUCUUUGUACAUACGGAGUAAACUGACCGAGGCGAUUAAGGGCCUCACGUUUUUCUCUUCUACCCCCCCCGCCCUUUUGUACAUUUUUUUAAUAUGGUACAAGCCAAAUCGCUGUGUAUGUUUGCAAACCUGUAUGAUGUUUUAAUGUGCUGUAAUAUAUUCUGAUAUUCAUAUAUUGUUAUUGGUUAAAACAUUUGUAUCAAUAAUACAGUUUGUAAAUGGUAAUAAAUGCUACGAC